AUGGGAGAUCCCAACAUCAGCCACUUAGCGGAUGUAUAUACUGAGACCCGUGACCACAUGCUGGGAGGAAGCGAGCUUGACCCAUUGACGGAUAACUACGACAUGGACUAUGGUGUUCCCGACAACGAGAUGCCCGACACCACGCAGGGCACAGCCUUCUUCGUCGCCACCAUCGUCAUCACCGUGGUGCUCAUUUGCAUUAUGCUCGUCUGCGGUGUUGGCAACUUCCUGUUUAUAGCUACUUUGGCACGGUACAAGAAGCUGCGUAACAUCACUAACCUACUCAUAGCUAACCUUGCAAUAUCAGACUUCAUAGUGUCAGUGGUGUGUUGCCCGUUCCUGGUGGAUUACUAUGUGGUGAAGCAGCUGUCCUGGGACCAUGGCCUGGUGCUGUGUGCCUCAGUCAACUACAUCAGGACUGUGUCUCUCUACGUGUCCACUAACGCACUGCUGGCAAUUGCUGCAGACAGGUACAUGGCCAUCGUCCAUCCUCUGAGGCCCCGUAUGAAGUACCAGACAGCCUACUGUCUGAUUACUGGUGUGUGGAUUGUACCCAUCCUCAUCUCCAUCCCUUCUGCCUUCUUUGCCUCUGAGACCAUGUACCCUCACGGUGGUGCCAGCGCCUCUCACAACACCCACAAGACCUUCUGUGCCCAAAUCUGGCCCGUGGACCAGCAGGCCUACUACCGCUCCUACUUCCUGUUUAUCUUUGCCCUGGAGUUCCUCGGGCCCGUUUUUGUCAUGGCACUAUGUUAUACACAGAUUUCCCGUGAGCUCUGGUUCAAGAACGUCCCGGGCUUCCAGACGGAGCAGAUCCGGAAGAGGAUGCGUGGUCGGCGUAAGACAGUCAUGGUCCUGAUCGCGAUCCUGACGGCAUACAUUCUGUGCUGGGCACCAUAUUAUGGCUUCACCAUCCUACGCGACUUCCACCCGACACUCAUCUCCCGCCAGAGGAACUCCCUGGUGGCCUUCUACAUCAUUGAGUGCAUCGCCAUGAGCAACAGCAUGAUCAAUACCUUCUGCUUUGUCAGCGUCAAGAACAACACAGUCAAGUAUCUGAAGAGGAAUGUGCUGCUGUGCUGGAGAUCCACCUAUGCGCCCCGUAAGACGGUUGACGUGAUCGACAUCCAGACAUUCUCCAUGCCUGUAACCGAGGAAGUCGAAUGCAUUCAUUUGAGGUGA